UUCACUUUAUAUUCACAUCGUUCAGCUUAGACAUUCUUUUUGAGUUCGUCGUGUCGGCAUUAAUAUAAUUAAUGUGUUUUCAUUUAGUUUAGCACAAUAUAUAUAUAUAUUUUUCAACAACGAAACGUGAUACGCGACAUAAAUAUCUACGUCGAAAGUUAUCAACGAAUCAAUUGCAAAUUAAAAACAAAAAAUAAAUAAAUAUAAAAGAAAAUCCAUUCCAUUUUUUUAUAAAUAAUGAGCACUCCCGCCGUAGUUCCAGUUGCUCUUAAAAAGGGCAUUGUUAAACAGGUAUUAUCAGGCGAUAGCGUGAUAAUUCGAGGUUACCCAAAAGGUGGUCCACCACCAGAAAAACAAAUCACUUUUUCGAAUGUUUUUGCACCAAAACUUGCUCGCCGUCCAGCUGGAGCAAACGCUGAAGAUUCAAAAGAUGAGGCAUGGGCAUGGGAAGCGCGUGAAUUUUUGCGCUCAAAAUUGAUCGGCGAAGAAGUAUACUUCUGCAGCGAACGUCCAGCAAAUGCAAAUCGCGAUUAUGGUGUGAUCUACUUGGGAAGUGAUCCGGCCACCGCUCAAAGUGUAACGGAACUUUUGGUGCAAGAAGGUUUGGUAUCUGUGCGAAAAGAUAAUGCCCGCACCCCAUCGCCGGAAUUGCAACGUUUGAUUGAUUUGGAAGAAGCGGCCAAAAGUGCUGGUAAAGGUAAAUGGAAUAGCCAAUCAUCUGCUGAUCACGUUCGUAACAUCCGAUGGACGCAAGAAAAUCAACGAAACUUUGUCGAUCAAUUGGCUGGCAAACCUGUUAAGGCAAUCAUUGAACACGUUCGAGACGGUUCAACUGUGCGCGCUUUUUUGGUACCGCAACCAGAUUACUCUGAUUUAGUUCCCGAAUACCUAUACAUUACAUUGAUGAUUUCUGGCAUCCGAUGCCCUGGCUUCAAAUUGGAUUCGGAUGGAAAGCCCGAUCACAGUGUCAGUGUUGAUUAUGCUGAAGAGGCCCGAUACUUUGUUGAAUCCCGCUUGUUGCAACGUGAAGUUCAAAUUGUUUUGGAAUCCGUUAACAAUACCAAUUUCGUCGGUUCCAUUUUGUUCCCAAAGGGAAACAUUGCCGAGGCUCUUUUGCGCGAAGGUUUUGCAAAAUGCGUCGACUGGAGCAUGGCUUUCAUGAGAUCAGGCGCUGACAAAUUGCGAGCAGCUGAACGUCAAGCUAAAGAAAAGAGAGUGAGAUUGUGGAAAGAUUAUCAAUCAAAUGCUCAAACCUUUACCGGCAAAGAAAAAGAUUUCAACGGCAUUGUUGUUGAAAUCUAUAAUGGCGAUGCGAUUAGUGUAAAAACACCAAGCGGUGUUGUUAAGAAAGUAUUCUUCUCUAGCAUUCGCCCACCACGGGAAGCUGGCCGUGCUGCCGAUGACGAAGGCAAACUUCCACCAAGACCGAAAAAUUUCCGUCCUUUGUACGAUAUCCCAUGGAUGUACGAAUGCCGUGAAUUCCUGCGAAAGAAGUUAAUUGGCAAAAAAAUCCAAUGUAAUCUUGAUUACAUUUCCCCUGCACGCGAUAACUUCCCCGAAAAAUACUGCUACACUGUUACAGUUGGCGGACAAAAUGUCGCUGAACUGUUGGUUGGCAAAGGUUUGGCCACUGUUGUUCGUUACCGCCAAGAUGAUGAUCAACGUUCAUCCCGCUACGAUGAAUUGUUGGGAGCUGAAGCUCAAGCCAUUAAAUCCAACAAAGGUGUACAUGGUAAGAAAGAGGCAGCUUCAAUGCGCAUCAAUGAUUUGACCGUUGAUCAUUCGCGCAUCAAGCAACAAUAUUUACCAUCAUGGCAACGUGCUCUCCGUACCGAGGCCAUCGUUGAAUUCAUUGCCAGUGGAUCGCGCUUCCGUCUAUUUUUGCCAAAGGACAGUUGUUUGGUAACAUUUUUGCUUGCCGGUAUCUCAUGUCCCCGCUCAUCAAGACCAAGUGUUGGUGGUGCACCAGCACAGGAGGGUGAACCAUUCGGUGAUGAGGCCCUCAAUUUUGUUCGCGAAAAAAUCCUGCAACGUGACGUCAAUGUGCAUAUUGACACAACGGAUAAGGCUGCAACCAGUGUAAUUGGUUGGCUAUGGACCGAUGCCAAUGUUAAUUUGUCCGUUUUAUUGGUCGAAGAAGGUUUGGCCACAGUCCACUUUAGCGCCGAAAAAACCGAAUACUAUCGUGCAUUGAAAACGGCCGAAGACAGUGCCAAGGCAGCCAAAAAGAAGAUUUGGGCCAACUAUGUCGAAGAAAUCAAAGAAGAAGAGGUGAAAGAAGAAGACAAAGACGAUAAAGUUGUCGAGCGCAAAGUCAAUCACGAAAAGGUUGUUGUGACUGAAGUAACACCUGAACUCCAUUUCUAUGCACAACAUACCGACCAAGGUGCCAAAUUGGAAACGCUUAUGGCCAAGCUUCGCAAAGAGUUUCAAGAAUCCCCCCCACUUGCCGGCGCAUUUACGCCAAAACGAAACGAUUUGUGCGCAGCUCAAUUCUCCGAAGACAAUGAAUGGUACCGAGCCAAAGUUGAAAAGGUUCAAGGCCACAAUGCAACCAUCCUUUACGUUGACUACGGCAACAAAGAGACUGUUCCAACGUCUCGUCUUGCAUCGCUUCCACCCGCCUUUAUCAGUGACAAGCCAUAUGCCAAUUACUAUGGCUUAGCCCUUGUCGUUCUCCCGCCUGAAGAAGAUGACAAAACCGAAGCAGUUAAGAACUUAGCCCAGGAUGCUCUCAACCGUGACCUUUUACUCAAUGUUGAAUACAAGAUAAAUGGUCAGCCAUUCGCAACACUUUCAGAUCCAACAUCGAAAGCUGAUAUUGGCAAAGCAUUGGUUGCUGAUGGUAUCCUAUUGGUGGAAAAACGUCGGGAACGUAAGCUCGCAAAAAUGGUCGAAGAUUACGUUGCGGCCGAAGCAUUGGCUCGAAAAGAUCACUUGGGUGUAUGGGAGUAUGGUGACAUCACAGCGGAUGAUGCUAAAGAAUUUGGACGCAAUUAAUGCAACACAAAUUCAAAACUCAAGAAGCAAAAACCUGCGUGCAUUAUUGAAGUAAAAAAAGAAGAACGAAAUGAAAAGUAUAACAACAACCAUCGGUCACUCAUUAUAUCGGGAACAUAAAGGAAUACGAAGACAAAACAAAAAAAAAUAACGUCAACGACAUCAAGAGCAAAAUUAAAGUAAACUAUUUAUCACAUUAAAAUCAGUUUUAUAUAUGAAUGUAUUGUAAUUUUUUAUGUAUUUGGUAAUAAUGAAACGGAAUGGAAUAAUAAUGGGCAACGAUAUUGUCUCAAUUAAGAAUAAACAGAAAAAAACAUUACAUUUUU